CAAAUUCACUGGGAAAAAUAAAACUCCUUUAACUCAACACAAAGGCGGCUGUCAGACUGAAUCUGAGAUCAACCCUCAGCUCCUUGUUGAUCUCCAGCCCCACCGUCUCCAUAGGAACAGGCUGUAAACUCAACACUGUUCUGUGCAGAGCAAAACAAGCACAGGGGAACAAUGAAGACUAAUAACACUUAAAAAUAUAUGAACGCUCACAUAUGACUGCACCAUUUAUGUGCUCCAUAUAUUUGUUAUUCCUCUGCAUGGAUAGAUGGUAAGAGACUGGGUUGAGGGGACUACAGCAUGAAGACAGAGGAAACAAGUUUUGUGGAUCUGCUGUUCAAAGGGGAGCUGGAGGCAGUGACUCGAGGACUGGAAGAUGGUCUUUACUCCUGGGAAGAGCUGGACCAGCCUCACAAUGCCCAGGGCUCCACUCCUCUUAUCAGUGCCUGUCAGAUGGGCCUUGACAUGGUCAUGCAUUUCCUUUUGGAAAGGGGAGCAGACGCAACACUGUGCAACUACAACAAUCAGACAGCGCUGCAUGUCAGUCAGCCAGACCUACAGAAGGAGCUGUUGGCUGCCAUGUUGAGAUCUUUAGCCCACCGUGCUCAGCUCUUAGAGGUCGCCUGGAGAGGGGAUAUUCACACCCUACAGCGCCUGCUGUUUGAGACAGACUCUGUAGAUGUGAACAUCCAGAACCAGAAUGGGCUGACCCCAUUGAUGCUGGCAGUGAGGGAUGUGGAUCUGUUUGAGGGGUUUCAAGGCACCAUGGGAUGGGACUAUGAUCCUCCCAAAGUAGUGAAGACACUGCUGGCUCAAUCUGCAAAUUUGGACAUCCAAGACCGAAAGGGCUGCACGGUUCUUACCUAUGUCUCUCAGAUCAAGAGCUCAAUGAAAGAUGAGCUGCUCCAGAUCAUUCUGGAACAUCAAACACAGUCAGUGCCAACACACGUGAUGCCAGAGUUUCAUUUCCCUGCAGAAUGCUGUAAUAAUUCCCACGGCCUGUCUUCUCCACACAUGUUCUCAACUUUGGCCAACAUGAAGGAUGAAGAGGAAACAUAUGCAUAUAUUGCUGUCCAAGAAGACCACAAAAAUUCCCAUCAAGAUAAGAUCAUUGCCUUGUGCUUCCGAAGUGCCAUGGAGCCAAAGACGAACAGCAAGGCAACUGGGUGGACAACAUUACCAAGCCUGAGGGAGAGGAAUAAAUGUUGGACAAACUUUGGCAUCCUGUAUCCCACCUCUGAUGUACCAGUGAAAACAUCGUUAGUACCCAUACCUCCAAGGCUCACAGAGAAGACCAAAGCCAUUCUCGAGACUCCUCUAGUACCACAUUUUUCUCAGCUUAGCCAGUCUGCUCCAAGCCUGGCCCUCCUUGAUGCAAGCUUUCUACUACAAGUACAGACCAAUAUACACAACAGGCUCAGUACCAGUGAUGUUAAUGGACAAAGGGAUCCCCUCCCUGUUCCGUGCCUGCGCGCUCCAAAACAUUUGGCUCCACUUGACCAAGAGUACCGGGAAGGGCACGUGCUUUCAAACUUCCAGUGUGCACUGGCACCGAAGCCGACCAGCCUCUUAUCUUUUGGCUCCAGGGAAAUGAGAGAUAGGUUCUCUAGACUGAACGCCAGAGGAUCAAGAGGAAGGGGCAGUGAGGAGAGCAGCUAUAGCAGUCAAAGCUCUCUGGAUGAAGAGGAAGAGGAAAAGAACUGCCCUCAGCAGACAAGGAAGAUGUUUGGGAGCAUAGAGAGGGAACCACAUACUGCCUUAAGGUCCCCUUCAACUGCUCAAAAACUGAUGAAUUCUGGGAUUACAGAACACAUUAAUUCAAAUAAACCCAUGGCUAUGAAAUCUAAAUUCAUGAGGCGUCAAAAACAUGAGACACAGACAAUGAAGAACUCUGUAACAGAAUUUUGCAAAAUAGUGAAACCUUUUGAGAGGACAUUAGACACACAACAAAAAAGUGAAGCUCUGGAUGUGUGUGAGAAGAAUAAGACAAUAUAUCCGGCAGACGUUCCAAAAAUGAACAAAAGUGUGGAAUUAACAGGGGGUCUCUCAAAUGAACCUGAUGAACCUAAGGACAUGGUUACAGAUGGCAGACCUGCUCAUGGAGAUGAACAGUCCAGCUUUUUUGUCGACACUGAGCAACACCAAGUCUCUCCUGUGAAUAUCGCAUUACAUCCCGCUCAAGCGAAAUCCAGCAAAGCCAGUAAGACGACAGGAGCUGAGGAAAUAAAAUGCAGAUCUUCUCACAGUAACCAAACAAUUAACAUCUUGGACCAAAUAAAUACAAGAAGGGACUAUGGUAAGCCCAAAAAGAAUAGACAGAAUCAAUCAUCACAAGUUGCAAAUAAUGAGAUGGCCCUCAUAGGUAAUGUUAUUAGUGAGAAGAUCAGCAACAAAUCAGAUAGGCCAAAGAUAGCACCUAUAAAUCAUGGUCCCAAACUCAAGGAUGCACCCUUGAACCGGAGGAGGACUCAAGAGUCUCUGCAUCAAGGAAGGCUGAGUGGAACAAAAAAGAUAUCAAACAAACCCCAAAGUCAAAAGCAACUUCUCAAUCGGGACACAAAGAAGACAACAAGGCAAGGCUUGGGAAGGCUGGGAAUUUUAGGGACACAAAGAGCAAAAUCAUCUCUGGACUAUGUCAGUUAUAGGGACAUGUUUCUGGAAAUCCAUCAGGCAGAUGAAGGACCAGCCAUUUUUGAAAUGUUUGCCACCCCAAUAUAUGAAAACCUUAGAGCAGGCAGUUCUGUAGACAGGCCCAAGCAGGUGCAGUCUGCCCCUCAAUUUAAGAGGCAAGUAAAUGGACAACAGAGAGCUCAAAAACCUGCAGAAGGUAACAGGAGGAAACAGAAAUGCACGACUUCUAAACGUAAACAACGCAAGAAGAAGGAAAUCCAACCGCCCGAGCCUCAAAGCCACGAUCAAGUUAUUGAUUCAAAACAGAAUAAUGCCAGUGUAAUUCCUGGCACUGAGGGAAACAACCAGAUAAGGAAACAUAAAAUUCUCACCACUGAGGAAGAUGAGAGGCAUGGUUCAGACUUAAGAUUACAGACUGAAUGUAGUUCUGUACUGUCAAUGAUCAGAGAAGUUCCUUCAGAUACAGAUAUUAGGAUAGCCUUCCAUAAUCAGCAGGGAGAUUUACCCAUCUCAUUUCAGUCACACAGAUCACUCUAUCUUAGCAUGCAAUUCUUACAACUAAAAACAGGAGAUCGUAACAAUAAUAAAGGGGAUGUAAUCUCAAAUGUAAUUGAGGACUCCAUUGCAGUUCAGCUCCCAUCACAACCCUUGAUUAAUACGUGGACAACUGACAGGACAAAGUCACCUGUAUACCAGAGGUUUUUAGAUGAAGUGGGUGAGGGGCCUGUUACAGAUGAUUUGCUGAAACGUUUGGCAGAAGAAUUAAUUUCGUUGGAAGAAAGAGAGGUGGAGACUUUAAAGCCUGAGAAUCCAGAAAUGACAAAUGAUGCUUCAUCAAAAUUUAAGGAAAUUUUUAGUGAGCAGGUUGCUCCUUUGGACAAUCUGUUUCGUACUGAGAGGUCCAGUGUAGACGAAACUAUCACAUGGACCAAAGGAGAAAUUCUGGGAAGAGGGGCCUAUGGAACUGUGUACUGCGGACUCACGAGUCAAGGCCAGUUGAUUGCUGUCAAGCAGGUGACGCUGGAUGUCUCUAAUUCAGAGACAGCAGAGAAGGAGUAUGAUCGGCUGGAGAGAGAGGUAGACCUUCUGAAGAACCUUCAUCACCAAAACAUAGUGGGGUUCCUAGGCACAGCUCUUUCCGGCAAUAUAAUCAGCAUUCUGAUGGAAUACAUCCCAGGAGGCUCCAUCUCCAAUGUCCUCAAUCGCUUUGGACCAUUACCUGAGAAGGUGUUUGCCCUUUACACACGCCAGAUCUUAGAAGGCGUGGUUUACCUUCAUGACAACAAAGUCAUCCACAGGGACUUGAAAGGGAACAACAUUAUGCUUAUGCCCAGUGGCGUCAUCAAGCUGAUUGAUUUUGGCUGCGCUCGUCGCCUUAACUGCUUGACACACAGCGGAAGCCGUAGCGAUUUCUUAAAGUCUGUGCACGGUACGCCAUACUGGAUGGCUCCUGAAGUGAUUAAUGAGACUGGCCAUGGCAAGAAAUCAGACAUCUGGAGCAUUGGAUGCACAGUCUUUGAGAUGGCCACAGGAAAGCCACCACUGGCACAUAUGGGCAAGAUGGCAGCUCUUUUCUAUAUUGGGGCCAAAAAGGGUUUAAUGCCUUCACUACCUGACGACUUCUCUGAAGAAGCUAAAGGGUUUGUGCAAGCAUGUUUGACCAAUGACCAGAAAAUGAGACCAUCAGCAGCAGAUUUAUUAAGGCAUCCUUUCGUCUUUCACCUCAGGCAGGCUACGAGUAGCAAGCCUACAAAUGUUCACCGUAAAGCUCAUCAGAAAAACUCUUCCUAAAAGAGAAACUGUUCAAACAAACGUGUGCCAAUGCGUUUCUCGACUACAUUCAAGUUUACGACGUGAAGGGAAGCAUCUAUAUUAAUGCUUGUGAUCAUGUAGGACAGUUUCUUAACCUCCUCCUUUCAAUUACUAAAUUAAUGUAAACAUUUAAUUGUUACACACAUGAUCUUUCAGAAAAUGUUUAUAUGCUAAAAUCUUACGAUGAAUAUUACAGGCUUGCCUCAACUGUGUAAUACAAUAUUGUUUUUUUUUUUUCACAAAUUGACCAUAAUAAAAGCUGUGAUUACUAA